AUGAAAGAUCAAGAAGGUAACCUGUUAGCAGCCACAAUCAACGUUGGUAAUGAAAGUCGUGUUCAGAAAGUUACCUCAAUUUUGGAUAGCGGUUCAAGAAGAUCGUACAUUACUACAAGGUUGGCCGAUAAAUUAAAAUUGAAGCCUCUUCAUUAUGAAACGAUUAGAAUUUCUACGAUUUGUUCCGAAGCUCCUAGAGAAAUUUCAACCAAGGUCGUUAGUUUAGAUAUUUUUACAAAUGAUGGUGAAAAAAUAAAAAUCACUGCAAAUACGAUACCUAAAAUUAUUAAUCGAAUAAAUCACCACGAUAUUAAGUUAGAUUCCAGAUUCGAGAAAUUCAAGCUCGCUGAAGUUGAUAAAAAUCUUGUACCUGAACUCCUGAUUGGAAAUGACUACAUGUUCGAUUUUAUGGUCAUGGAAAAAGUAAUUAUUGAUGAUUCAACUUCGUUAAUCAAUUCGAAAUUCGGAUGGCUUGUUGUUGGUCGAAUCGAUAAAAGCCACGAAACUCCAGUUUUCUUCUCCGAGAUUGAAAUGGUAGAAAACCUAUGGAAAUUAGAUGCGAUUGGGAUAGAUGAUUCAACCUCAGUGGAGGAUAUCGGCGAUGAACUUGCGGUAAAAAGUUUUUAUGAUAAUAUAGAAUUGAUAGAUAAUCGUUAUGAAGUAGCUUGGCCCUGGAAAGAGUACCCUCCUGAUUUAAAAUCGAACAAAGGGCUCGCCUACGGUCGUUUGAAAUCUCAGAUGAGAAAAUUCGAAAAGAACAAAGAAUUAUUCGACGAAUAUGACAAAGUGAUCAAAUACCAAGAGUCUCAAGGUAUUAUCGAACGAGUCGACGAAUCUAUCAACGAUAAAGAAGAUUUAGUUCAUUAUCUUCCGCAUCACGAAGUUCUGACACCAGAAAGAAUUGUGAAGAAAAUUGAUAAAUCGUUCAAUUAUCGCUACGUUCCAUCUGCUGAAAAUCCUGCUGAUAUAGCCAGUCGCGGUGCAGAAGUGCAAGAUUUGAAUUCGUUCUGGUGGGAAGGCCCCACAUGGUUGAAAGAGAUGGAAGUUGCUUGGCCAAAGGCAAUGAAUUUACAAUUUGAAUCCGAACCUGAACCUGAACCAGAACCAGUACUUAUCUCCAAUAAUACAGCUGUAAUUCAGCCUCCUUUUAAAAUCGAUUGUACUCAAUUUAAAACCCUCAACUAUCUACUUGAUGCAACGUUAAGCUACAUGAAAAAUGUCAAUCCGAAUAAUAUUGUUCAGAAAACCGAAGAAGCUUUCAACCAGUGGAUUAUGUAUAUCCAAAACAAAAAUUAUCCUGAUAUUUCGCAACCUAAUCCGCUUGGUUUAAAACGUGAUUCUCAAAAUAUUAUACGUUGUCAUGGACGCCUGGUUGAAUCAUGUCUCGACGAUAAUGCAAAGUUUCCAAUACUUCUACCUGAGAAAGAAUACUUCACUCACUUAUUAAUUGAAAAAAUUCAUAUCGAUAACUAUCAUGUUGGCGUUUCGCAUACUCUCUCUGAAUUGAGAAAAAAUUUCUGGAUUCCAAAAGGCAGAUCGACGGUGUACUACGUUCUAAAAAAAUGUGCUAACUGCAAAUACUACGAUGGUGGUCCAUAUAAAUAUCCUGCAAUUCCUCCGUUACCUGAAUUUCGUGUAAAUCAAAGCAGUCCGUUUUCCUGUUGUGGUAUCGACACAUUUGGUCCUUUAUACGUCAGUGAUAACUCAGUCCAGAAAAAAGUAUUUGUUAGUAUUUUUGUUUGUAUGAUUACGCGUGCGAUUCACUUAGAACUUUUAGAGAAUAUGACCACUCAAGAAUUCCUACUCGCUUUUCGUAAUUUUAUAGCAUUACGCACAAUUCCAAAAUUUGUAAUAAGUGACAACGCGCCGCAAUUUAAAAUAACUAAAUCAGUUUUUGAAAAUCUUUGGAAACAAAUAAUUUCUGAUAAUGAUGUAAUAGAUUUUUGUAAAAAUAAUUCGAUAGAAUGGAAACUGUUACCUGAAUAUGCCCCGUGGCAUGGCGGUUUUUACGAAAGGUUAAUCGGUAUAGUGAAAAUGUCGCUAAAGAAAACAAUUUUUAAUUGUAUAAUAACAGAAAAUCAAUUAAGAACCGUGUUGUACGAAGUAACUUCUGUAAUUAAUUCGCGUCCUAUCGUUUAUGUCGGUGAAAAUGAUAGUAAUGUAUUAACACCUAAUGAUUUGAUGAAUAGCAAAUUCGAUUUUAUUCCGGAUAUCGAUAAUGUUAAAAAUAUUAAACGCGAUGUAAUCGUAAAUUUAUGGAAAAGAUCUAACAAUAUUAUUAAUCAAUUUUGGAACGUUUGGAAAUUCCAAUAUUUAACUAGUCUUCGCGAACGUAAUAUUAGUAUAAAACAAAAGAAAAAUGUAGUAGAUUUAGUUCCUAAAGUAGGAGAUAUCGUAUUAAUCGAAGGUGAUAAAAAAUUUUGUCCUAGAGGAGAGUGGAAAGUUGGUAAAGUAAUUAAUGUUAAUGUUAGCUCAGACAGUAAUGUUAGAUCAGCAAUCGUUGAAACUAAAAAUUCUAAACUUACCCGUCCCAUUAACAAAUUGUAUCCCUUGGAAACAUCGUAAUUUUUCUCGUUUAUACUUAUUAUUUUAAAUUUAAAAAUU